CGGAGGGUGAGAGGGAACUCGAUUUUCCACUUUCCCUGAGUGGAGCCUGUCCACCCUGUGGGCACUCUCCAACCGCAACCUGCAGAAAGGGAGCCAUACAUGCUACUGUAUCAAUGGCAGCAGAGCACAGUGAUUGACAUGAAGCGUUGUGAGCCCAGCAGAGCUUGUUGACAGAUGCUUGUGAAGCUGGAGAGAAAAUGGCUGCCCAGUGGAUCCGCGUGAACAGCGCGGAGAGGAAGGUGCCCCACACACGCAUGGAGGAUGAGGCUGCCGUUCAGCAAAUAUACGCAUUUGGGAAGAAGCUGGGCCAAGGCAGCUUUGGGGUGGUCUAUGAGGCCACCCACAUCGAGACGCAGAAGAAGUGGGCCAUUAAGAAGGUGAACAGAGAGAAGGCAGGGAGUCACGGUGUAAAACUGCUGGAACGGGAAGUAAGCAUAUUAAAACGAGUCAAUCAUGGGCACGUUAUACACUUGGAAGAGGUGUUCGAAACGCCGAAGAAGAUGUACAUGGUGACGGAACUGUGUGAGGGUGGGGAGCUGAAGGAGAUUUUGAAGAAGAAGAGGCAUUUCACGGAGGAAGAGGUCCGGCACAUCAUCCAUAGCUUGGCAGAAGCUACAGUCUACCUACACAGGAAGGAUAUUGUGCAUCGGGAUCUUAAGCUGGAGAACAUUUUAGUGAAGAGUUCCCAGAAAGGUGAAGAAAAUGGGCGGCUCCACGUCAAGAUAACUGACUUUGGUCUGUCGGUGCAGAAGGGCGGUGUGGGCAAUAAGACCAUGAUGCAGGCCACCUGUGGAACGCCCAUCUACAUGGCUCCAGAGGUGAUUGACGGUCAUGAGUACAGCCAGCAGUGUGACGUGUGGAGCAUCGGGGUCAUCAUGUACACGCUCCUGUGUGGGGAACCCCCCUUCCUGUCCAAGUCAGAAGACCGGCUGUUUGACAUCAUCAGGAAAGGAGAGCUCACCUUCACCGGCCCUGUGUGGGAUUCUAUCAGCGAAGGAGCUAAGAAGGUGUUGCGCUGUCUGCUGAAGGUAGAUCCCGCCCACCGCAUCACAGCCAGCGAGCUGCUGGAUAACCCCUGGAUCACAGGCGACACCUCCUCCCAUGACACGCCCAUCAACGUGCUGGAGAUGAUGAAGCAGUUUCGGGACGACCCGGAAGACGGGGAGAGCGCAGAGCCCCCGGACGGGCUGAACGGCCUCUCCCUGGAGCCGUCCCAGGACGCCGCGCCCGGGCCCCAACUCGGACCCGCCCCGGGACCGCUGCCCAGUUCACCCUGCAGCGCCACCACGGGGAUCAUGGACCCCGACCACGAAGGAGACACCGACAGCAGCAACAGCAGCCCCUCCACCCCGACCAAACAGAGAGCAAAGAAGAAGGCCAUCUUCACCUACAGUGAUACCACGAGGAAGAAUGGGUCCAGUGGGAAAGGUGGCAUUAGUUCUUGCUGCGCAGGCGGAGCAGGUGGAGGCGGAAAGCUGCUGGCCCAGGGGAGCAUCAAGCGGGGCAGCCCCCAGGAGAGGUGCGAGGCCGGCCCCUCCCUGGCGGGACCCCCCAGUCGCUCGCCGCUCUGCGCAGUGAAGGCGGACAGCCACAGGUCACCCUGCCUUCCAGCUGUGGGCAAGGACAGCAGAGCCCCAAAACUCUCUCCAAAAUCAAGGCCAAAAAGACCGUAUAAGCCCUCCUCAACCUUCACCAGGGAAAAGCAACCCUGGCGUACCUGUGACUCUUCUGUUUUCGUUCCGUCCGAGUUUGAGCACAAGAGUUUGAUGGAUUAUUAAGUGCCUGAGUAUUCAGAAAUGGCCAAACACCGAGUAUCUCCAGCACGACAUCGACUGCAUUCAUUCAUUAUACCUAAUAAUUAGUAUCAUUUUGUAGUUGUAGGUUUGUGUGGAGCAAAAGCCAGAAAGCUAUCUGGUGUAACGGAAGCAGGGAUGCCUACCCCUGCCCUACACAAUGUGCCAAAGGAAGGAUGCCCUGUGGCCUGGCACGGCUGGACUCGAGAGACCUGUGCUGCAUUCUCAAAUGCAGUGCUUCUGCACCUCGAUUUUCACUCGUAAUGGUCAAGUCCUGGACCAGCCAGUAGGAGGCGGUUCAUGCCCUGACUCUCUGCCUCCUCUAUGGCACCUCCCACAGUUGCAGGGUCCCACUGGCUCAAUUGUUAUUAUUCUUUGUGGACGGGGCAGAGAUUAGUAGUAGCAAUGGCGUGUGUUUGAAUGCAGACAAAUGUAGGCCACCCUACAGGCUGCUGAAGCUUUAACUUUCCUCAAGGCCUGUGAGUGCUGUGGCCACCUAUUAUGACAUCAUAUAUGUGCGCCUCAGUCUGGCCGUUGCAGUGAGCACCACUGCAUUAACUUAGGAAUUUUAAUGUGUUGUGGCAUUCUUGUUUGCUCUAACUGAUGUUGACCAAAUGGCACUCAUCAACAGACUUAGUAGAUAUGCUAAUUACGUGUGCAUGAAACUGAAAGGAAGCAUUUAUCGUUGGUAAUAUUGUAUCAGUCUUAAUAAACAUUUUGUAAAUUACCUAACAGGGGUUAUUGAAAAUUUGCUGCAUUUUAAUGAAUGUAUUGCCAUCGCUGACUGUUAGUGUUAAUUUACUUAACCAAUGGGUAAGGACAGAUAUUUAUGGCUUUUAUGGGUUGCAUUGUCACACAUCCUCAGUGAAGAAAUGUUUGCUUUGCCUCGAAACUGCAUCAUGGGAAAUGUACUGAAAGGGGAAGAGGUUUGUGCUGCUCAAGUGUUUGUGUUUGAUCACCUUUGACAUGAUCCAGUUGCCAAAUCCAACGAGGAAACCCUGCUAAACUGGCAAUAAAGUACCUUUAUAACUUUUUAAUAAAUAAUCAAGAAUUCCCCCAAA